GCGGUCAGGACGGCCGGGUCCUUGGGGGAGGCUGUGCCCCUCUGUCCCAGCAGGACCGGAGAUGGCGGCGCUGCGCUUGCUGUACCAGGCUGCCCGCAGAGGCCCACCAGCUCCCCUGGGAUACCUGCGCCCUCUCAGCACCAGCACCCCCAGGGACACUUACAAGUACGUCAACGUGCAGGAGCCAGCCAUGGACAUGCGCUCCAUCACCGACCGGGCUGCCCAGACCCUGCUGUGGACCGAGCUCAUCCGAGGCUUGGCCAUGACCCUGAGCUACCUUUUCCGGGAGCCAGCCACCAUCAACUACCCCUUUGAGAAGGGGCCCCUGAGCCCAAGGUUCCGCGGGGAGCAUGCCCUGCGCCGCUACCCCUCAGGAGAGGAGAGGUGCAUCGCCUGCAAGCUCUGUGAGGCCAUCUGCCCAGCACAGGCCAUCACCAUCGAGGCCGAGCCCCGCGCCGACGGCAGCCGCCGCACCACGCGCUACGACAUCGACAUGACCAAGUGCAUCUACUGCGGGUUCUGCCAGGAGGCCUGCCCUGUGGAUGCCAUCGUGGAGGGUCCCAACUUCGAGUUCUCCACAGAGACCCACGAGGAGCUUCUCUACAACAAGGAGAAGCUGCUCAACAAUGGGGACAAGUGGGAGGCUGAGAUUGCUGCCAACAUCCAGGCUGAUUAUCUCUACCGGUGACGGCCACAUCUCCUCCCCCCUCCCCAAAAUAAAGGGUCUGGGGGGGUUGGUGGUGGUUCUACCACCUCCUCCCCUCAGCUGCACUAUGGGCACCGGUGGCUUCUGAA